UCGAUCAAAAACGUGUCCAAGAAUGGAGAAAGCAAAAAAAAGAACUUGAGGCUAUCAAAAAUGAUCACAACUCAAGUGUUGAUAAGAUGCGAGUUCUUCCUGGCCGUGGUCGAAAAGCUAUAUAUCCCACAGUUGAAAAAGAAUUAUUAGAAUAUAUUAAAAAAAAGCGGGAAGAAAGGAUGGCAGUUACUACUUCUAUGAUCGGGAGAAAGGCAAAAGAAUUAGGACAAGCAUUAAAUAUUCAAGGCGCAAAGUUCUCCUCUGGUUGGGUUGAAUGUUUCAUGCGGCGGAAUAAAUUAGUAGAACACGUUCGAACACAAUACGCACAAAAGCUUCCAGAAGAUAUGCCCUCAGUUAUUAAAGAAUUCCUUCAAACUUCGCGUGAAAAAACAAAGAACAUUGAAAAAAAAUUUAUUAUCUCUUUUGAUGAAACACCAAUGUGGUUUGACAUGCCCCGAAAUACAACGAUCGAUUUUGAGGGUGUUCAUAAAGUGCCAAUUAAAACUAUAGGAAACAAAAAAUUACGUUUUACA